AUGAGUAGUUUCUCUACUCAUGCUUUUUAUUCUCCCAUUUCUUCAUUUCUUUUCUCUAUAUUCUGCUGCAUUUUCUUCAUUGUUUUCUUUUCUUUGUCGUCAUCAUUUUCAUUGUUUUUCUUUACUUUCAUUUUUUUUAUUCCUUUUUAUUCUCUCUUUUUAUAUCUUCUAUAUUGUCUUUUUCUUUUGCAACUUUUUAUCUAUCACUUUCUGGUCAUUAUCUAUCUAUCUAUCUAUCUAUCUAUCUAUCUAUCUAUCUCAGUCUGUUCCUUAUCAAAGUCUAUUCAUAUCUAUCUAUCUAUCUAUCUAUCUAUCUAUCUAUCUCAGUCUGUCCAUAUUGACCUAUCUCUUCCUGUUCAUUAUCUAUCUCAGUCUGUUCCUUAUCAAAGUCUAUUCAUAUCUAUCUAUCUAUCUAUCUAUCUCAGUCUGUUUCUUAUCAAAGUCUAUUCAUAUCUAUCUAUCUAUCUCAGUCUGUUUCUUAUCAAAGUCUAUUCAUAUCUAUCUAUCUAUCUAUCUAUCUAUCUCAGUCUGUUCAUAUUGACCUAUCUCUUCCUGUUCAUUAUCUAUCUCAGGCUGUUUCUUAUCAAAAUCUAUUCAUAUCUAUCUAUCUAUCUAUCUAUCUAUCUAUCUAUCUAUCUAUCUAUCUAUCUAUCUCAGUCUGUUUCUUAUCAAAGUCUAUUCAUAUCUAUCUAUCUAUCUAUCUAUCUAUCUAUCUAUCUCAGUCUGUUUCUUAUCAAAGUCUAUUCAUAUCUAUCUAUCUAUCUAUCUAUCUAUCUAUCUAUCUAUCUAUCUCAGUCUGUUUCUUAUCAAAGUCUAUUCAUAUCUAUCUAUCUAUCUAUCUAUCUAUCUAUCUAUCUAUCUAUCUAUUUAUCUAUCUAUCUCAGUCUGUUCAUAUUGACCUAUCUCUUCCUGUUCAUUAUCUAUCUCAGGCUGUUUCUUAUCAAAAUCUAUUCAUAUCUAUCUAUCUAUCUAUCUAUCUAUCUAUCUAUCUGUCCUAGUCUGUCCAUCUAUCUAUCUAUCUAUCUAUCUAUCUAUCUAUCAUUUAUUCUCCCUCUCCAUUUAUCAUCAAUCUCUUAUUAUCACUCUCUGCCUAUUACCACUCCCCUCUUAUUUUCCCUCCCUACCUAUAAUCCAUCCCUUAUUAUUUUCACUCUCUACAUAUUAUCCCUCCCCUCUUAUUUUCGCUCUCUGCCUGUUAUCACCCCCCUCUUAUUUUCACUCUCUGCCUAUUAUCACUCCCCUCUUAUUUUCACUCUCUGCCUAUUAUCACUCCCCUCUUAUUUUCCCUCCCUACCUAUAAUCCAUCCCUUAUUAUUUUCACUCUCUACAUAUUAUCCCUCCCCUCUUAUAUUCACUCUCUGCCUAUUAUCACUCCCCUCUUAUUUUCUCUCCCUACCUAUAAUCCAUCCCUCUUAUUUUCUCUCUGCCCAUUAUCCUCCCCUCUUAUUUUUCCUCCUACCUAUUAAUCCCCCUUAUUAUUUUCACUCUCUACAUAUUAUCCCUCCCCUCUUAUUUUCCCUCCCUGCCUAUAAUCCACCCCUUUAUUAUUUUUCACUCUCUACAUAUUAUCCCUCCCCUCUUAUUUUCGCUCUCUGCCUAUUAUCGCUCCCCUCUUAUUUUUCCUCCCUACUUAUUAUCCAUCCCUUCUUAUUUUCACUCUCUACCUAUUAUCACUCCCCUUUUUUAUCACUUCUCAUAUAUCGUCACGCCCCACUUAAUAUCUCCCCUUUCUCAUUAUUCCCCCCCUCUUAUUAUCACUUCCCAUUUAUCGUCACUCUCCACUUAAUAUCUCUCCUUUCUUACCCUUUUAUUAUCUCUUAUCAUAUCUCUCCUGUUAUUAUCACCCACCAUUUAUCAUCACCACUUAUUAUCACGUCCCAACUAUCAUCUCCCCCUUAUUAUCACUCCCCUUUUAUUAUCACUGCCCCAUUUUUCUCUCCCUUCUUAUUAUCACUCUCCAUUUAUCAUCACCCUCUUAUUAGCAAUCCCUACCUAUUAUCCCUCCCCUCUUAUUAUCACUCCCCAUUUAUCAUUACUCCCCAUUUAAUAUCUCUCGGUUUUUAUUAUCUCUCCUCUCUUAUUAUCACUCCCCUCAUCAUCUCUGUCCUCUUAACCCUCGCCUUUUAUUAUUACUCUCUGUUUAUCAUCAUCACUGAUUAUCCCUCCCCUCUUAUUAUCACUCCCCAAUUGAUUAUAAUCGGUAGACUUGUGCCAAGACUGCUCUUUAUCCGGAUAAACAGCAGUUUAUUUUCUUUCUUUUUUUUUCAUUUCAAAUUUCUUCCUCUUUUUGCUAUAAUUUCUUUUCUUUUCGUUAAAAAUUUAUUCCAUUUUUUCCUUCCGAAGUUCUAUUUCUUUCUUUCCCGCCUUUUUUAUACAUUCUUUUUUUUUUUACAAAACCGCCAUUUUAUAUUUCUUUAUUUUUUCCUAUUUUCUCCUUUCUUCUGCAUGUUUUACAUUCUUUUUUGUUCCUUUCGGCCAUUUUGUUUUUAUUUUUUUUUGUACCCGUUACCUGUUCUUUCCCUCCAUUUUUGCUUUCAUUUCUUUUUCUCGUUACCUGUCUUUUCCUUCCAAUCGGGACGUGGAAGCCUGGGAACAUUAAACAAUGCUAUACUCGUAUUCUCUGUCAGUUAA